UCCCCGCUGGCCCCCUCCCCUCCCCCGCCCAUGGCGCCGCCGGCGCCGCCGGAGCUGCGGCUGAUCCUGGAGGAGCUGCGGCAGCUGCACCAGCGCCAGCUGCUCCAGAUGCAGCUGACCCAGGACAUCUGCCGCCAGCUGCUGCUCCUGGGGGCGCUGGAGCCGCCGCGGCCGCCCCAGAAACCCCCCCCGGGCCCCCACUUCCUGCUCUUCCCGCCUUUCCCCAAGCCGCAGCGCUCCGGCAUCGCCGUGGCCUUGGCGUCCACGCUGGGCUCCAUGACGUCGUUGGCGUCCACGUUGGGGUCGUCGUUGGGGUCGACGUCGUCGUUGGGCUCGGCGGCGUCAUUGGGGUCGACGGCGGGGUCAGCGUUGGGUUCUUCGUCAUCGUUGGGUUCAACGUUGGGUUCGAGGUCAUCGUUGGGUUCAACGUUGGGUUCGUCGCCAUCGUUGGGUUCAACGUUGGGUUCAAGGUCAACGUUGGGGUCAACGUUGGGUUCUUCGUCAUCGCUGGGUUCAACGUUGGGCUCAAGGUCAACGCUGGGGUCAACGUUGGGUUCGUCGCCAUCGUUGGCCCCGGCGUUGCCGCCGUUGGGUUCCCCGUCGCCGCUGGCCCCGCGGCCGGCCCCGCCGCGCCCCCCGAGCGCCGCGGGGCCCCGGCACGGCUGCGGGUUCUGCGGGAAGCCGUUCGGCAGCGCCAGCGCGCGGCAGAUCCACCUGCGCUCGCACACGGGCGAGCGGCCGUUCCGCUGCGACCUCUGCGGCGGCCGCUUCACCACCCGCGGCAACCUCAAGGUGCACCUGCGGCGGCACCGCGAGAGGGGCCCGGCGCCGCGCCGGGGGGACGGAGACGGCGGCGGGGGAGCGCCGAGGGCGGAGGUCCCCCCGGAAGUGACCGACCCCCCCCAGCCUCCGGCCACGCCCCCCCUGCCCAGCCCGGGGGGUCAAGAGGUCAAACCAAGCCCCGCCCCCUUCCCCAAGCUCCUCCUCCUGCGCCCGCCCGGCCCCGCCCACGACGAGAACGCCCCGCCCCCUCCUGGCCCCGCCCCCAACCCCCGCGGCCCCGCCCUCUCCGAGACCUCCAAGCUGCAGGAAUUGGUGGAAAAAUUGGAAUUUCCGGAAUUCCCGCCCUCCUGCCCCUCCCCCUCCUGCCAAGGGAGCUUCCGGAACAUUCCCGGGGCGGUUUUGGGCGGGAAUCCCGCGAUUUCGGGCGGGGGGUCCCUCGGUUUUGGGCGGGAACUCUCCGAAUUUGGGCGGGAAUCCCUCGGUUUUGGGCGGGAAUUCUCAGGGUUCGGGCGGGAAUUGCCCAAUCCUGGGCGGGAACCCCCCGGUUUUGGGCGGGAAUUCUCCGGGUUCGGGGCGUCCCCCACCUGUGCCAGGUGUGUGGGCGUGGCCGGGCCCACGCCGGGGGGCACCGGGACCCCCAAAAUCCGGGCGGGGCCCCAAAAUUGGGGGGGCUGGGGGAGGUGCAGGAGGAAGAGGAGGAUGAGGAAGAAGAAAUGGAGGGGACAGACCCCCCCAAAAUGCCGGGAGACCCCGAGGACCCGGAUGGAGGAGGGGAGGUGCCCCCAAACCGGACCCCGACUCCCGCUGGCGACAAGGGGGACCCCGAAACUUCGGGGGAGUAGUUUAGGAAUCGGGGAGACCCCAAAAUUCCCCUCGGGACCCCCAAAAUUUCCCUGCGACCCCCAAAACUCCUCCCCCCUCAUGUACAGGCCGAUUAAAGCUGUUUGCUGACCCCCCCCCCCCAUG